UUAAUUUUUAAAUGUCUUGUUCCUUUAUUUAUCUCUCUAAUUAACUUCCACCAUCUACACAUCCAUGGGAGGUCGAGGCUAAAAGGCUGAAAGGUCAGAGGUCACAGGCUGUGACCGUAGGCACAGGAAUAGCGUGUUCCUAAAAACGUUUUUAAUGUUGCCUCAACGCUUUGCCUUUUUAUCUCCGUCUCCGCCUCCAGCUCUGCUCUCCCCGGUCGUCACCAUGUCCCUCGACCCGGCGGCCGACCUUCCGUUCUACUACGGCAGCGUGAGCCGGGCGGAGGCCGAGCGGCACCUGAAGCUGGCCGGCAUGGCCGACGGGCUCUUCCUGCUGCGGCGCUGCCUGCGCAGCCUGGGCGGCUACGUGCUGUCCGCCGUGUGGAGCCUGCAGUUCCACCACUACCCCGUGGAGAAGCGACUCGACGGGACAUACUGCCUGUCGGGGGGGAGGCCUCACUGCGGCCCCGCGGAGCUCUGCGAGUUCUACGGCAGGGACCCCGACGGGCUGGCGGGCGCCCUGAGGAAACCCUGCCGGCGCUCCCCGGACGCCGCGGUGCGCGCCGGUGUGUUCGACAGCCUGAGAGACAACAUGCUGCGGGAGUACGUGAAGCAGACCUGGAACCUGGAGGGAGAAGCCAUGGAGCAGGCCAUCAUCAGCCAGGCUCCUCAGCUCGAGAAGCUGAUCGCCACCACGGCCCACGAGAAGAUGCCCUGGUACCACGGCCGAGUCGCCCGGCAGGAAGCGGUACGCCGGCUUCACUCCGGAGCGCAGCCGGACGGAAAGUUCCUAGUGAGAGACAGACAGGAGUCGGGUAGCUUCGCUCUCUCCAUGGUGUACGGGAAGACCGUGUACCACUACCAAAUCCUCCUGGACAAGUCGGGGAAACACUCGAUGCCGGAGGGAACCAAGUUUGACACCAUCUGGCAGCUGGUGGAGUACCUGAAGAUGAAAGCUGACGGCCUGGUGACUCAUCUCGGAGAGGCUUGUGUUAACGGGAAAGCUGCUGCAAAGACACCCAGCCUUCCUGGACCUAGGCGGACCAAUGGAUACACAGCGCCCCCUCAAGAGCGCGAGCUUCUGCCCAUGGACUGCGACGGGUUCAACCCGUACCACAACCCCAGCGAAGGGAGGAGGUUCCACAUCCAGAGGAGCCGGCUGCUCAUCGACGAGGUGGAGCUCGGCUCCGGGAACUUUGGCUGCGUCAAGAAAGGAGUCCUGAUGACCGAGUCGGGCCAGAUCGACGUGGCCGUCAAAGUCCUGAAGAACGACAACGAGACGCUGGUGAGGGAGGAGAUGCUGAGGGAGGCGGAGAUCAUGCACCAGCUGAGCAACCCCUUCAUCGUGCGCAUGCUGGGCCUGUGCCACGCCGAGAGCCUCAUGCUGGUCAUGGAGAUGGCCGCCGCCGGGCCGCUCAACAAGUACCUGUCCUCCAACAAGGACACCGUCACCGUGGAGAACAUCAUGGGCCUGAUGCACCAGGUGUCGAUGGGCAUGAAGUAUCUGGAGGAGAAGAACUUUGUGCACAGAGACCUGGCGGCUCGUAACGUUCUGCUGGUCAAAAAACAGUUUGCCAAAAUCAGUGACUUUGGGCUCUCCAAGGCCCUCGGGGUCGACGACAACUAUUACAAGGCUCGCACCGCCGGUAAAUGGCCUCUGAAGUGGUACGCGCCGGAAUGCAUCAACUUCCACAAGUUCUCCAGUAAGAGUGACGUGUGGAGCUUCGGCGUGACCCUGUGGGAGGCCUUCACCUACGGGGGGAAACCCUACAAGAAAAUGAAAGGACCGGAGGUGAUGCGCUUCAUCGAGGGCGGCAGCCGCAUGGAGCGGCCGGCGGCGUGCCCGGAGACGACGUACGGCGUGAUGAGGGAGUGCUGGACGUACAAGCACGACGAGCGUCCUGACUUCAGGACGGUGGAGGAGGCCAUGAGGUCUCACUACUACUCCAUGUCCAGCCGGGCCGAGCCCGAGGGAGCCGGGGAGUCCCCGCAGUAGACAAGGAUCAUUCUGUCUGCUGCACAAAGCGUCUUUCAGCCGGCGCCGGAACAAAGAGCUCCUCAUGAGCUCCGAGUUCUGCUGCAGGGAAACGACCUGAAGGAGAUCUGAGAACCGGAAUGAAGUCUGUCUGCAUGGGAGGAACAUCUAGAUCUGUCUGUCUGUCUGUCUCUAUCCAUCCAUCCAUCCAUCCAUUCAUCUAUCCAUCUAUCCAUCAAUCUAUCUAUCUAUCUAUCUAUCUAUCUAUCUAUCUAUCUCUAUCUCUAUCUAUCUCUCUCUCUCUCUCUCUCUCUAUCUAUCAUGGUUUGAAUAUUUAGAGUCAUCCUCCCUGUAAUUGGAGUAUCUGGAUCAUGUAAAAGUGUUUUUCUUUUUUUAGGCCAAACCAAAUAUAAGUAGAAAUAAACUGAUGGACCUGUC